AGAAUGAAAGAAAAAAACUGUCUCUGGUUGGUAGCGGGAGGGCGUGGCUCAUGUCACCGAGUGUGUCUCUCCAUAUUCAUGCGAGGGCUUCUUCAAGCCUCCUCAUCUCUCGCUGACACGGAUGCGCAAACCGCAGCGCCCCCGUCAAGUAUCCCAGUACAGUGUCCCUUCAUUUUAUGCUCAACAGAUCUCACGGUACACCGCCAGACAAAAAUGUCCCAAGAAGUCUGCAGUGUAUAAGCCCACUGUACCUAAAUAACGGAGAGUGGGCACAUUUGGAUUACAGCGGCAAUUCCAGCGCGAACGCAUCCGUCCAGCAUGGGAUCCAACCCAAAAAGGACAGUGACCGUCCAGAUGGUGCCUCAGCUGCCUGCGGCGGACACGCUCGCCAAUAGGGAGACGAACGCCAACUGGACCACGGAGCCGAACCUGAUAGCCUCCCAAGUUUGUUGCGCAUCGCCUGGCCGCAAACUGGAUAAGACCGAGUCAGUAGUGCCCAUUAGCACCCGCAAGCCGACUGAGGACAUGUCAAGCAAAGGUGUGGCUGAAGUGGGAGAGCUAAGAGAUGCUAAUGCUAACAUUAGCAACAUGUUAAGCCUGGCUGACGAAAAAGUUUCUCAGAGUCCCGGCUGCCGGGUAAAAACACCCAAGGACGAAGCAAGCGUCAAAACCGCGGCGCGAAAUAUCUCAUCCAAACGUAACAACGGCGCGAGACACCUCGCGCCUGAACCGGAGAAAGAGGCGGCUGUGGAGAGUCUGUCAGUUCACAAAGAUAAGGACGGCUCAAGUCCCAAGGAGCCUGGUCACAAACGAAAACACUCCAUUUCACUUCAGGAGCCACCCGAGCUCAAAGAAAGCGCAGAAACUGUGCCCUUGUUCAACUCCGCUUUGCCUUCAACCAACAGCCAGGGCAUCGACAAAACACCUGUGGAAAAAGUAUCUGUAGACAAAGUAUCCGUAGACAAACACCAGCCAGUACCCUUGCAGACAGAGCCCUUGUCCUUGCCUUUGGUGACGCAAAAAGUCCAGGAACAUCCGGGAAGUCCGACCGAGUCUCACUGUAAGCUCUACCGGGAGGCUUCCACCAUGACCUCCCCUCGACUGCCUUCCACCGUGGUCGAACGGGGCCGCGACGCCGAGGUCCAGGCGGUAGCCGCCACCAGCUGCAAGGCCGUGUCCACCAGCCCAAGCCUGCUGCCCUUCAGGCUCAACGCAGGCACCCUUGAGGAGGCCCACAGCCUCGGCGUCGUCGACCGGUCCGACGGGAGUUUGGGCUUCCACCAGAUUGAGCCACCCAUGAAGAUUCACUUGCCGCCCGCCACGGAGAGGCUCACCGUUGAGGCGGAAAUGUGCCCCUCCGCCGCGGUUGACUCCAAGCUGGGGGCGAAGCCUAAAGAAAGCACGCCGACUCUCAGCAGCAUCCAACCGGUGUACCAGAUCAACAUCGAGCACAGUCAUCGCAAGGAGCCAGAGAACAGAAAUGCGGCGGACAUACCCGUGACCGACUCCCAAAAGACGGAUGUCCCUACCAGGUCCGGAUUCGCAGACAAGGCUGUUACAGCUCAUAUCAAACUAUCAACGCCCAGGAACGCGUCGUCCUCCACGUUGGAGGAAGCAAAAGGUACAAAAGACUCGGAAACGGAGACCAAUUCUGGCAAGCGGCAAACAGAAGUCGAGGAAAGCGACGACGAGAAGCAGACGCGGAAGAGCGUCCACGACGUCGUCUGGGAUGAGCAGGGUAUGACCUGGGAGGUUUACGGCGCGUCGGUGGACCCCGAAUCCCUGGGCUUCGCCAUUCAGAGCCACCUGCAGUGCAAGAUCAAGGAGCAGGAGAGAAAACUGAUCGCCCAGACUUCCUUCCGCAAGUCCAUCACUGGCCCGGACUCGCCGAGGGCAGGAAAGAAGAGCAAGCGGCGACAGCACAACCCGUUUCAGUCCAUCCUGCGGAACGUGCGUCACCCCAACUGCUGCGCACGCCCCGCUCCCUCGGCCGUGCUCGAUUAGAUGUCGAGCAAAUGUUCAAGUCUCCCACCCUCCACCAUCACCAGCCCCUCCCACCAGAGUUCAAGGUGGCCGAUGUAGUGAGGCCACGCGACGGGGCAGCGCUUCCCGUGAGUAUCUCAGAAUGUGGUAGACUAGACCAUUUGUGACAUUUGUGACUCAAAGGAAGUGAAAAGGGUGUACCGACGAACAACUCGUUUUGAUAGAAAUGGAUAUUUAAAUCUCAAAAACGGAGGAUAUGUCUAUAAAAGAAAGAACGUCUAUACAGUCAACUAAUCCAAGGCAAUAAUAGAGAAACGCAUGUGUGUUAGUCGCAAUGGCAACAGUUAUAUGGCAACGAAGAACUUGCAUUUAAAAAAAAAUAAUUAAAAAGGUCACUGUUACAGCCGGUAUGAUUUCUUGUCAAAUCCUUGUGCAAAUAUA